GAGUGCGCUCUCACUGCUGCUGCUCUCCAUCCAUCCCUCUUAUCUUUUAUUCUCUUUCUCUGUCCACCAAUCCCAUCAUCUGUGUUCUACCUCCUCUCGUUGCUCACCGUUUCCUCUCUUCAUCUCUUCCUGAGGUUCUUUUUUUGUUUUUUCCUCUCUCCUCUUUCUCGGACCACCACUUUUCUUCUCACCGGCCGUACUCCUGAGCCCGAGCGUGCGGCACCUGUGCAGACUGGAGUUUGUUGGGCCGAGGCAGAAGGUUUUUCUUUUUUUCUUCUUCUUCUCUUUUUAUUUUUAUUUUAAGUGUGCAGGUUGAACACAGGAGGGAGGGGAAGCAGCACCCGGGACCACCUGACCAAUAUUUAUUGAGAAUAUGAGGAGAUUUAGGAACUGAUCUCCUGCUUCAGCUUUUCCCCAGCUGUUUAUCUGUUGUUGUUUUUGAAUUUUUUUUAAAAUUGCAACAUCUGGAAUGCUUAACAAGGACUGAUGGAUGUUUCCGAACUGUGUAUCCCUGACCCUCUCUGCUACCACAACCAGUUAUUAACCAGAAUGCCCUCCGAGGACCGGCACCUAUCCUCGAGCUGUGGUUCUUAUGUCAAAACUGAGCCUUCCAGUCCUUCCUCCUCGCUCAUAGACACUGGCAGUCACCACAGCCCCAGUGGCAACUCUGACGCCAGCGGCGGCUACGUUAACGUUGGCAGUGGACGGUCACACACCCUGGACUCCCCCCCAAUGUUCAACCCAGGCAUGCUGGGAGGCGGCAGCGCCUGCUUACGCCGCUACGAGGAAUGCUCCGGCGGCAUGGCCGAUGACUCGCCAAUCAAGUGCGAGUACAUGCUCAAUGGAAUUCCCAAGAGGCUGUGCCUGGUGUGUGGCGACACUGCCUCGGGGUACCACUACGGAGUGGCCUCCUGUGAGGCCUGCAAAGCCUUUUUCAAAAGAACGAUACAAGGGAAUAUCGAGUACAGCUGUCCGGCUACCAAUGAGUGUGAGAUCACCAAAAGGAGACGAAAGUCUUGCCAGGCCUGCCGCUUUAUGAAAUGUCUUAAAGUUGGCAUGCUAAAAGAGGGUGUGCGUCUGGAUCGAGUGAGAGGGGGGCGUCAGAAGUACAAGCGGCGGUUGGAUGCCGAAAACGGCGCCUACCUCGGCCUCACCCUCCCCCCUCCAGCCAAAAAACCACUGACAAAGAUCGUCUCUCAUUUGCUGGUGGUGGAGCCAGAGAAGAUCUAUGCCAUGCCUGACCCCACCAUGCCGGACGGAGACAUCAAGGCUCUGACAACGCUUUGUGACUUGGCUGACCGCGAGCUGGUGGUCAUCAUUGGCUGGGCCAAACAUAUCCCAGGCUUUUCCACACUCUCGCUGGCAGACCAGAUGAGUCUAUUGCAGAGUGCCUGGAUGGAGAUCCUGGUGCUGAGCAUUGUGUUUCGCUCACUGCCCUGUGAGGAUGAGAUAAUGUAUGCGGAGGACUACGUGGUAGAUGAGGAGCAGGCGAGGAUCUCAGGCCUGCUGGACCUUCAUGUUGCCAUCUUGCCAUUGGUCCGACGCUACAAGAAGCUGCGUAUGGAGAAGGAGGAGUUUGUUACGCUCAAAGCCAUUGCACUCUCUAACUCAGACUCCAUGCACAUAGAGAAUAUCGAGGCUGUCCAAAGGCUCCAGGAUUCUCUUCAUGAAGCCCUGCAGGAUUUUGAGGGUUCCCAGCACCCAGAGGACCCCCGGCGGGCAGGCAAGCUGCUCAUGACCCUGCCUCUGCUCCGUCAGACUGCCACCAAGGCCGUUCAGCACUUCUACAGCAUCAAAAUGCAGGGCAAAGUCCCCAUGCACAAACUAUUCCUCGAGAUGCUGGAAGCCAAGGCUUGACACCCGGGCCGGGUGUUUGACGUGCAGCUGCAUCACCCAAUCCGAGGCGAGGGACAGCCCAUUAAAAAAUAAAUCAAUAAAUAAAGGUGGUGCCAACUGACAAUGGAAGGAUGAAGCUUGGAGUCAUUUUAACACUUUUAAACAAAACUAAACUUAAAGGUAACUAAAGGGACUUGAAAUAGUUUUAAAAGGUGGGCAAUUAUCAGACUGAUUGACAGGGGAUCACGAUUAUGUAUAUAAAGAUGUUGUGUACAGAAAUCAGGCAGCCGAGGUCUUGUUAUAACCAGAGACCCGUUGCUCUAUAUCACCUGAAGGUUCUGUGAAUUUGUUUCUUAUCUUAUUUUCAUCUCAAAAUGGAAAUGUGAUAAUAUAAAUGUCCUCAAGAACUGUACAGCCACGUAGCCACAUGUUUUUAUUUCCUUCUCUCACGUUUUCUCAUCGCAAGCUGUUAAAGCAAUAGUCUCUAACUGGUCUACAUAUAAUAUGUGUACUGUAUAUUGUGUGAAAUUGCACUGGACAUGUGGGGUUGGGGGAGGGAGAACUGUUAGACAUAUUCUUGUAUUGACCAUCGAAGACAGUGGUACUCGUUACAGUAAGAUUCUCCAUUUCUUCAUUAUAUAUUUACCUCGUAGAAGCUUCAUCAGCUCAGUGGUUCGGUCAACUUGGUGCUUGCAGAAGGACGGUGGUUGGCUGGUGAUCAGAGUUCACUGAGAGUUUGCACUGAGCAGCUAUGAAUAAUGUGGCAAUAAUGAGUAUUGUAUCAGCUCACUCUCUCGGUCCUUUUUGCUUUUAGAGGCUAAACUUGUCCCUCGCUUCUCUUUGUCCUCAUGCACAUCUAUUGGCAACUAAACGUACUGUGAAACCUGCACGUGAUAACGAUAAGCUAUAUUUAAGAAUGAAGUUAAACACAAUGAAUGCAAUGUAAUACGCCCUUUAAUGCAAACUGACACCCCUAAUAUGAAGACCUCAGCAACUAUACAAUAUCAUUCAGUUUGUUUCGAAAGCUUUUUGUUGACGAUGGUGCGCUAGAUUGUGAUAUUUUGUACAGGCUUUGCCUUUUCUUGUGAAACUCUGCCCACCUUUGUUUUAGUUUGUUCUCAACACAACAAGUGUCACUAUAUUGAUAGCCCAUAGCUGAAUAUGUCUGUAAAGUAUGAACAGUAUUAUUUGCUAUUUAAUUUAACAUCAUCUGUGUCGAUAUAAAGGCUACAGUCAAUUAAUAUUAUUAAUUUGUGCGUUCAAAUGCUUGUCAUAAUGUCCCAGUUGGUUUGUUGGGAAGUCUUUUUUUCCAACUGAAGUGUCAUCACGUGCUUUGAUGUAGGAAUGUAGGAGCUUUAAACUAAAAAAAUGAUGCUUUACAUGACUUUUUAUCAGGAUAACUGAUAAAGUUUUAAAAAAAGACUCUUUGUAGACACCAAUUUGUGGUUGUAGCAUAAGAUCAUAUUGCAAAUGAGAUGAAGGAAGAAAAAAGUUUAUAUGCAACAUGCUAAAUUAUACCCAAAUUUUAUUUAUUUUUUGUCAGGAAUCAUUAUGAUCCUUACUUUCCUCACUUUUCUUUCGUCUUAAUUUCUCUUUUCAUCCAAAUCACAAUAAUGACACUUGUUUGUCUGAGAACAACCUGAAAGGCUCUCCGAGUUCAUUCUUAGUGGCAACAAUAGUGGAAAAUUAUAUAUCUCACUGACCACCAGAUGCAGCUUUCGGAUGUUUUGUAGUUUUAUUGGUCUUUAGCUCAUUUUUAAUGAAGGUGCUAAUAUUCAGACAGGCACUGUGUACAAACAUACUCCCAUUAAGGAGUACAGACUAAGUUAAUAAAUCUGUAUAUUCCAAAAGUAAUGGUAGUCUUUUGGAGCAUAAUAUCUAUCAGUGAUAAACCAGUUGCCAAAUUACUCAAUUAGGAUAAAAGUGAUAGAGUUAUGAACAUAUUAUUUCCUGUCCUGAUGACCUGAGCAGGUUAGAUGGAACAUGUUACCAUAUGAUCAAAACAGUAUACUAAUAAUAAAUGAAACAGCUGCUCUUAGGGUUUUAGUAAGACACAUAUUGUCCCUCGUGAACACUUAAAGUAGUCUUUAAAGUGUCAAGUGCCAUUAGCUUCUGCCCAAACAAUUAUAAAGCAUAAAGCCAAGCUGCCAGUAACUAUUGACGAUUCCCACAGGAACACUCCUGAUUCACUGUAAUGUAAUGCAUAGAUAAUUAUAACCAUAUACAUUAGAGAAUACAAUUCCCACGAUGCACUUCCUCACUUGUUAACCAGCUUUUCUGUCCCCGGCUGAAAUGAGGGAUUCAUCACCUCUGUACAGUAGCAAGCCAAAGCAUUAUUGUCUUUUUAAUACACGUUAUGAAAGCUGCUGUAUUAGGCAGACAUGACUGCUGUUUCCACAUAAAUACAGAUUUUAAUGGUGAGCAUACCCUUUCUGCUCUGUAUCCACUAAACCUAACAACAAAACAUGCUGGAAAUCUUUUAUCUUCUUUUGUUCGCUCAAUAGAGGCAUUGAUCGAUCAUUAGUUCUGUGAAGUCUCACUCUGAGAUAAAAACAAGUCUAAAAAGUGAAAGGAUUUUUUUUUUCUUUUUCUAUUUUUUUGUACUAAUUUGAGGAGAGUGUUUCUGUAAAUGGCUGCAAUCCAGCUCGACCAAAACAGGAAAACUGACCCUCCCUCCUGAUCAGAGUUCAUUUACACACCUCCAUGCUCUUUGAAGACUUGAUAGCAGAUUAAUUGUUUCCCAACUUCCACCCCCCCCCCCCCUUCUCCCAAAUUAAUAUAAGAAAAUAAAAGAAAAUGCUUAAUUUAUUUCCAGACUUCUAAAACGGUUCGACUACAUCCAAUUAACUCUAAUUGUCUCCUAAGCUGAAAUUCUCAGUAGAAAUGGAGCAAUUAAAUUUCUGCUUUGGCUCUACCUUGGGGACGAGAGACGUUUUACUUUGGUUGAUGGUGGGAAGGGUUUGUCUAAACCUUUACAAAGACGAUUUCAUGAGUCUCUGUAAUAGUUUCAUAACAGAGCGAUCACUGGGCUAUGCAAGGCAAAUAUGGCCACCCUAUGUUCCUUGUGUUGUGGAGCAUCAGACUGACAUUUAUUUGUUCUUUGUUUACAUUGUGGACAUGCUGUACAAAUGUAUUAUGUGCAUAUUUCACUAUACUACGACUGCUGUUCGUUACUAUAACUAUGAUCCUUUGAUUUGCCAAUUUAGGGAGUUUUUCAUGUUGGAUUAGCAACAAAAUUUAGAGCCCACUGAAAACCUGUAUAAUACAAGUCACUGUAUUGAGUCAAUGGGUAAUUAUUUAAGUAAGUCUUUGGUGAGAUAUUGUCUUAUUUUCUGUUUUUUUUUUUCUUCUGUAUCUUUGUGUAUCUCAAUGCUGAAACACACACACACACACACUGCGUUACCAUCGAUUUUGCUUAUCGGCACAGCAGGACAUAUAGUGAGUAAAGUCGUCUAGACCCUAUACCUCAAUUCAUAUUUUUUGAAAAUUACACUGGGUUUGGAAGCGGGCCAUGGGUUCCUCUUGGGAAUCUGUGGCACAGAAAUAAAGUGACAUCACUGGCUGGGUAUUAAAAAAAUGUAGAUGAACUUACGGCGGUUGGGGAACACAUUCCUCGGAGGAGAAAGCUGCUUAUUCGCUGUUCCAUUUGCGGACUUUACCUUAACUCCGCGCACGCUGAGAUGACGAGAUUUACAUAAAACAUGGAGGAACCUCCCUGGCCGUUCUGGUCCACGGUGUAUAAAGGACCCUGCUAGGUGUAUGUACCACAGACAUGUGAUUACCCAAGAGGAUUAACCCUCCCCUUCUCAAAAGCAAUAUGUUAGCAUUUGUAAUAUAUGAAUCAAGAUAAAAGGGAGCUUUGGUUCAUUUUGAUUAUACACUUAUGCUUGGGAAAGGACAGGCUAACUAUGCACGCACAGUCCUGGGAAGACAAAGGGAAAAUAUUGGAAGUUAGAAGCAACUACAGCUGGGUUUCACUGGACAGUAUUGUGUGGCAUUUUCUUGUGUUUCGUUUGUUGUGUUCAUGCCUACUGUAUCCAUGUGUAAAUAUAUGCUUUUUUUUUCUUUUUCUUCUUUUUUUUUGGAGUGAGUCAAAUCUAACAGUGCACUGAAUGUACAGUGACAA